CAAUGAAAAAUCUGUUGGUUUCAUCAUCAAAGGUAUUUUCUUCUCCAAUUUCGCCCAAUUAUUUGUCAAAAUUAACAAUAAAAAAUCAAGCCACACCGAAGCAAAGAAGAAAUUCUCGGAUUUGUAAACAAUUAUUUUGCCAGGAAAGGAAACAAGAUAAUUAUGAUUAUUUAAAAGUUAAUCAGAUUACAAAAGAUACUCUUACGGUUCCAGAUAUUUUAUUUAAUACACCUAAUAAAUGUGAUUUGUUAAAAAACGGUAUAGAAGGAAAAAAAUUAAUCAAUGUUAUCGGUAGAGGAGCUUUUGGAACUGUUAUUCGUGGUGUUUACAAAGAUUCUGUAGUUGCCAUAAAAAUAAUUGAAAACCGGAAACAGUCAGAACUGAGAGAAAUAAAUGCCCUAAGUUUACAUCAUGAAAAUAUUGUAAAAACAUUGGACGUUGUAUCAAAUAGUAAUCUAAACUAUUCUUUAGUUUUAAUGGAGUACUAUUCGAAUUGCCUUCAAUUACAACAAGUUCUAGAAAGUAAUCAAAUAAUUUCUCAAAAGCAAAUGCUUAAAUUUGCUUUAGACAUUUGUAAAGGUUUAGAACAUUGUCAUAAAAAUAAUAUAUUGCAUUUGGAUAUAAAGCCAAAAAACGUUUUAGUAACAGAAAAUCGAUGUAAACUCUGCGAUUUUGGAAAUUCUGUUGCUGUUGACAAACUACAAGAUUAUAUUCAUCAGGGCACAGUGAUUUAUACAGAUCCAUCAAUACUAAUUGGAAAAUUGCCAACCAGGAAAAGUGAUAUAUAUUCUUUAGGUAUACUUUUAUGGCAAUUGGAGUUUAGGAAACAACCUUAUGAAUGUUUUGAUAACAAUGAAACAGUUAUCUACAAAGUUGUAAAAUGUGGUCUUCGUCCAGAUUCUCAAAACACGUCUGAUUAUCAUGAUUUGUUCUCCAAAUGUUGGAAUUCAGAUGCAGAACAACGACCUGAAAUUGAAGAUGUACUGCAAAUUUUACAGACAAUAUAUUCAGUGUGUGAAGUGUGAUUUUUAUCCUUUUAUUGUAUUUAUUUGUUUUAUUAUUAUAAUAUGUAAUAUUUAAUUGAUUUUUGAUACGUUUUUGUAAUAAUUUUUAUCUGCUGGAUGUCAGAUUUUCUAUUAAACUGUAAAUAUCAACUGA